CGGUAAAAGGACGGACGUCAAUCCGAUCCUACAUUAAUCAGGUUAUUUUACGUAAAACGUUACGAAGUUAUUAAUAUCAAAAUAUAAGAAAGUGUGAAAGUUAUUGCGUUGGUGAUAAUACUAAAUAUAUUUUUUGACGUGUAAAAAAAUUCAAGAUGAGUUUGAGCCGUUUAAGGAGUGCUUUAAGAUGUGAUUUGGUGAAAGUUAGUCCAUCAAGCGCGCUGGUUGCGAAAGUUUGGGGACCUUGUGUGAGGGAAUUAAGCACUGGUACUUCGCAACGUGGUGCUGUUUCUCAACACAACACCAAGCCAGAUUGGAAUAGAGCUGUGAGUGAGGCUGAGAAAAUUGUUGGUUAUCCAACAUCUUUCCUUAGUUUGAGAUGGGUGAUGAGCGACGAAAUUGCAAACGUUGCGUUGCAUCUGCGGAAAUUGGUGGGAAGCAAUCAUCCAUUGCUGAAAACUGCUAAAAACCUAAUUUACAAUGGCAAGAAUAACAUGCAAGCUUGGGGUCUCAUCGUAUUGUUGGUGUCAAAGGCAGCUGGUCACAGCCCCGAAAUCCCCGACAUGGAACAGGACAAGGCUGCAGGGGUCUUGCACAGCCAACGAGCCCUCGCCGAAGUUACAGAAAUGAUUCGUACAUCGCAUCUCGUUCACAAAGGCCUUGUGAAUAUGAACUCAAGUCGUCCAAUAGAAGAACCAGAUAAUAUGAUGUUUGGUAAUAAAAUAGCGUUACUCAGUGGCGAUUAUCUCUUGGCUAACUCCUGUACAGAAUUGGCUAAUUUACGGAACCAAGAACUGGUGGAGCUGAUGUCGUCAGCGGUAAGAGACUUAGCAGAGGCUGAGUUUCUUGGAGAAAGAGAUGAGCAGAACAAUCCAUUGCCGUCACGACCUCUGCCAGUUGACCAAUUGGAGCCAGCUUCAGACUGGGAGUGCCUUACCUCGCCGCUACCAAUGACGGGCGUGGCAGGGUGCGGUCGCCGUGAAUGGGUAGCAAGACACGUUCUUGCAGCUGGGGCAUUGCUAGGAAAGAGUUGCUCAGCCGCACUUAAGUUGGCGGGGCAUGAUACGGCGUUGCAGAGCAAGGGAUACCUAUUCGGUUGCCACCUAGCACUAGCGUGGCAGGCAUUCCUGGAUCUGGAAGCGUUCACAGGCCCAGAACCAACCAGUUUCUCUCUCGUGGGAGCUCCACUCGCCUUCACGUUAGAAGCGAGGCCUGAACUCUACUCUUAUAUCGAGGCUGGUCGCAAAAGUGUACAUGACGUCGACUAUCAUGCUCUAUACGAAGCAGUAGUUGUGGGUAAUGGUAUAGAACAGACAAAAGCAUUGCAACGGGAUCACAUUUCGCGCGCGUGCGACGUCCUCGACAGUUUCCCGAAUUGUGACGCGCGGACGGCACUCACCAACAUAAUUGUUGCUAUGCAUCCAUGACUACCCUCAUUUUAAUUUAUUUGCAUUGAAUUUUGUACCUAAGUGAAUAUACUCACCAUACAAUUAAAAGGCUGGAACGCAUUCGCGAUCUGACCGACAUCCAUAAAACAAUACUGUAUAUAAUAUUUUUUUUGUGUAUUUUUAAUAAGUAUGGUGAUGGUGUGAUGCUUUACAAAUAAUGAUAAGUUUAGGCUAAGAAUAUAUUUUUAUACAAAUUAAGUUACCAAUAACAAUUAUUAUAUUUGAAUUGUUACCUUAAUCUUUUAUAGUAUUUACGACCGUCCAUUUUG